AUGACACAGGCGGAAGUUGAUGAUACAUUGAAACGAAUUCAAGAACAUAAAGGUGUUCAAGGUUAUUUAAUUAUAAAUAAUGAUGGUAUUCCAAUUCGUUCAAAUUUAGAUGCAUCAUUAACACAACAAUAUGCAGCAUUGAUUAAAUCAUUAUCUGAUAAAGCUCGUUCAACAAUUCGUGAAAUUGAUCCAACAAAUGAACUUGUCUUUUUUCGAAUGCGUACAAAAAAACAUGAAAUUCUUGUUGCACCUGAAAAAGAAUAUACAAUGAUCGUCUUACAAGCAACAGAUGUUCAAUAG